AUGUCCAUACAUGAAAAUAAUAUUACAGUAACAACUACACAAAAUAAAAUUCAUUAUUUCUUUCAGCAACAUUGGCAAGGAUUAAAAAAUUAUCUACGUGAAUUAUGUACAUUUCAUCCAAAUGAAUGGCGAAAUGCUUUUCGAUCCAAUUCCAUAUAUCCGAUAUUUCGAAAAGGAGAUAUUGAUGGUCUAGUCGCUUUAUUUAUUGAUAAUUUAGCGACAUUAUUAACAAUUCUUCUUAGUCUACAAUCUGUUUUUGAUACAGAUAUUGUUUAUGGAAAAAUUGCACCUGGAGUCGCGUUAUCUAUGGUCUGGGGAAAUUUCUAUUAUGUAUAUAUGGCUCGAAAACUAGCUUAUAAAGAGAAACGAGAUGAUAUAUGUGCAAUGCCAUAUGGGAUUAAUACUCCAGGAGCAUUUGCAUUUGUAUUUGGUAUUAUAUUUCCUGUUUAUCAUAAAUGUAUACGAGAAAAUAAUAAUAUUUCAAAUAAACGUUUAUGUCAAGAACUUGCUUGGUAUAUUGCAUUAGGAAGUAAUCUAAUAACUGGUAUUGUAAUACUUUUAUUAUGUCUUUUUGGUGAAUUUAUUCGACGUAAUAUUCCUGGUGUUGCAUUACUUUCAUCUCUUUGUGCAGUUGGUUUUACAUAUUUAGCAUUAAGUCAAUACUUAUCUAUAGCUGCUUCACCAAUAGUAUCUUUUCUUCCAUUUGUUAUUGUUAUGGUCGGUUAUUUUAGUGGAAUUAAAGUUGGUCCAUUUCCUAUAGCUGUUAUAGCUCUAGCUAUUGGCACGGGACUUGGUUGGGCAACAUCACUUAAUAAAGCUGAAGAUGUACAUAAUGCUACUUUUAUUAUCAAAGCUUAUGCACCCGUAUUUCCAAUUAAAGCUAUAUUUUCACAUAUGAAUCAAAUUGGACCAUAUUUAUCGACAACUAUUCCGACAGCUAUUUCAAUUGCUAUUGGUACAAUACAAUGUGUUGAAUCAGCAAAACGAGCAGGAGAUUUCUAUCCAACUCGUGAAUCAAUGUUUGCCGAUGGAAUAGGUACUAUUAUUGCAAGUUUAUUUGGAUCUUUUUUAGGCAUGACAACAUAUAUUGGUCAUCCAGCAUAUAAAAAAAUGGGUGCAAGACAAGCUUAUUCUAUUAUUAAUUGUCUUAUUUAUGUACCUUUAUGUUUUUUUGGUAUUAUUGCUCUUUUUCUUAGAACUAUUGCCGUAGUUGCUGUCAAUCCAGUUAUUAUAUUUAUUGGACUAUUUAUAUGUGCAGAAACUCUUGCCAUUACACCACAACGUCAUUAUCCAGCUUUUCUUCUUGGUAUAAUGCCUGUUAUAGCUGAUUGGGCACGAACUACUAUAAUUAAUGGUGUUGUAUCUGCCUAUUCGAAAUUGAACAUAUCUAAUGUAGAUUUUACACAAAAUAUUACAUCUCAAAUAAAUGAUUUUUCUUAUCGUGGUCUUGAGAAUUUUGCUGGUGGAAGUCUUCUACAAUGUAUUUUUAUUACAGCUAUUAUGAUGUAUAUGAUCGAUCGAAAAUUUAUUCAAGCAGCUAUUUGGUCCUUAAUAGCAGGUCUUCUUUCAUUUUUCGGUUUAAUACAUGCAACAACUGUAAGAAUUUUAUAUCGAACAACUGAUGAUGGGUGGCAAUUUACUGUAGCAUAUGUUAUGACAGCAUUUAUUUUUCUUUUAUUCGAAAUAGCACAACGAUAUGGAUGGGUACAAGAACCUGAAACUGAACCUGAUGAUUUAUCAUCGGAAGAAUGGAUUGAAUGGAAUAGAAAUAAGAUUUCAAUUCAAACUUAUGUAGACAAUACAACACUCUAA